CUGCUGAUUCCUGUCCUGCCCUAGGAUGGUGGCUAGCCUCCAGGACUGUCUGCUCUGGGGCCUGCUCCUGCACUUGGUCCAGGGUGAGCUGUACACACCCCUCCACCAGGCUGGCUACUGUGCCUUCUAUGAUGAAUGUGGAAAGAACCCAGAGUUGUCUGGAGGCCUCAUAUCACUGUCCAAUGUGUCCUGCCUGUCCAACACACCGGCCCGCCAUGUCACAGGUAACCAUUUGACCCUCCUCCAGCGUAUCUGUCCCCGCCUCUACAAUGGCCCAAACAACACCUAUGCCUGCUGCUCUGCCAAGCAACUAGUGGCACUGGAAACGAGCAUGUCUAUCACCAAAGCUCUGCUCACCCGUUGCCCAGCCUGCUCUGACAACUUUGCAAAUCUGCACUGCCAUAACACCUGCAGCCCCAACCAAAGCCUCUUCAUCAAUGUCACCCGUGUUGCCCCAGUGGGCACAGACCAUCCCCCUGCUGUGGUGGCCUAUGAUGCCUUCUACCAGCGCAGCUUUGCGGAGGAGACCUAUGAGUCCUGUAGCCGUGUGCACAUCCCUGCUGCUGCCUCACUGGCUGUGGGCAGCAUGUGUGGCGUAUAUGGUUCUGCCCUUUGUAAUGCUCAACGCUGGCUCGACUUCCAGGGAGAUGUAUCGAAUGGCCUGGCUCCGUUGGACAUUACCUUCCACCUCGUGGAGCCUGGCCAGGACCAAGGGAGUGGGAUCCAGCCACUGAAUGGGGAAAUCUCACCCUGCAAUGAGACCCAGGACAAUGGCAUGACAGCCUGCUCCUGCCAAGACUGUGCUGCAUCCUGUCCUGUCAUUGCUCACCCCAGCGAUCUGACCCCUUUCUUCUACAUGGGUCGGAUGCCGGGCUGGCUGGUCCUCAUCAUCAUUUUCUGCUCUGUUUUUGUGUUGCUUAACACUGUCCUUGCACGCCUUCGGGUGGUUUCCAACAAGGACAAAGGCAAGAUGGAGGAGCCCCAGGCAGCCCCCAGCCUCUCUCACAAGCGCAGCCUCUCCCCCCACACCCUACUUGGCAAGUUCUUUGAGAGCUGGGGCACAAGGGUAGCUUCAUGGCCACUGACCAUCCUGGCAGUAUCCAUCAUGGGAGUGGUAGCCUUGACAACUGGCAUGAUGUUCUUAGAACUCACCACCGAUCCUGUGGAACUGUGGUCAGCCACCAAAAGCCAAGUCCGGAAGGAAAAGGCUUUCCAUGACCAGCAUUUUGGCCCCUUCUUCCGAACAAACCAGGUUUUUCUGACCGCUCCUAACCGGUCCAGCUACAGAUAUGACUCCCUGCUGCUAGGGCCCAAGAACUUCAGUGGAAUCCUGUCUCUGGACCUGCUGCUGGAGGUGCUGGACCUACAGGAGAGGCUGAGGCACCUGCAGGUGUGGUCAGCUGAGGAGCAACGAAAUAUCUCCCUGCAGGACAUCUGCUAUGCCCCUCUUAAUCCGCACAAUGCCAGCCUCUCUGAUUGCUGUGUUAAUAGCUUGCUGCAAUACUUCCAGAAUAACCGUACACUGCUGCUGCUCACAGCUAACCAGACGCUGAUGGGCCAGACUUCCCAGGUGGACUGGAGGGACCACUAUCUCUACUGUGCCAAUGCCCCUCUCACCUUCAAAGAUGGCACAGCCCUGGCCCUGAGCUGCAUAGCUGACUAUGGGGCCCCUGUCUUCCCUUUCCUCGCUGUAGGGGGGUACCAAGGUAAGGACUUUUCUGAGGCAGAGGCCCUGGUCAUGACCUUCUCCAUCAACAACUAUCCUGCUGAGGACCCCCGACUGGCCCAGGCCAAGCUCUGGGAGGAGGCCUUCAUAGAGGAGAUGCGAGCCUUCCAGCAUAGGAUGGCGGGCACAUUCCAAGUUGCUUUCAUGGCUGAGCGUUCUCUGGAGGAUGAAAUCAACCGUACUACCAUCAAGGACCUGCCCGUCUUUGCCAUCAGCUACAUCGUCAUCUUUGCGUACAUCUCUCUGGCCCUGGGCAGCUACUCCAACUGGAAACGAGUGGUGGUGGAGUCCAAGGCCACCCUGGGCCUGGGUGGGGUGGUCAUAGUGCUGGGAGCAGUCACGGCUGCCAUGGGCUUCUUCGCCUACCUGGGCAUCCCCUCCUCCCUGGUCAUCCUCCAAGUAGUACCUUUCCUGGUGCUGGCUGUGGGAGCUGACAACAUCUUCAUCUUUGUUCUGGAGUACCAGCGGCUGCCUCGAAUGCCUGGGGAGCAGCGAGAGGCCCACAUUGGCAGAGCCCUAGGCAGUGUGGCCCCCAGCAUGCUGCUGUGCAGCCUCUCAGAGGCCAUCUGCUUCUUCCUAGGGGCCCUGACUCACAUGCCAGCUGUGCAAACCUUUGCUUUGACCUCUGGCCUUGCAAUCAUCCUUGACUUCCUGCUGCAGAUGACAGCCUUUGUGGCCCUGCUUUCCCUGGACAGCAAGAGGCAGGAGGCUUCCAAGCCCGAUAUCUUCUGCUGCUGCAAGUCCCAGAACCUGCCCCCACCUGAGCACAAUGAGGGGCUUCUGCUCCGUUUCUUCCGCAAGACAUAUGCUCCCUUCCUGCUGCACAGGAUCACUCGCCGUGUUGUGCUGGUAUUGUUUCUGGCCCUGUUUGGAGUGAGUCUCUACUACAUCAGCUACCUCAGUGUGGGGCUGGACCAGGAGCUAGCUCUGCCCAAGGACUCAUACCUGCUGGACUACUUCCUCUUUAUGAAUCAAUACUUUGAGGUGGGGCCCCCGGUGUACUUUGUUACCACCUCAGGCUACAAUUUCUCCAGUGAGGCGGGCAUGAAUGCCAUCUGUUCCAGCGCAGGCUGUGACAGCUUCUCCUUAACCCAGAAGAUCCAGUAUGCCACUGAAUUCCCUGAUCAGUCUUACCUGGCCAUUUCUGCCUCCUCCUGGGUGGAUGACUUCAUUGACUGGCUGACUCCAUCCUCCUGCUGCCGCCUUUAUAUCUCUGGUCCCAAUAAGGAUGAGUUCUGCCCCUCAACCGAGAACUCCUGGAACUGCUUAAAGAAUUGCAUGAGCUUCACCUUGGGCCCCGUGCGGCCCACAGUGGAGCAAUUCCACAAGUAUCUUCCCUGGUUCCUGAGUGAUGUGCCCAACAUCAAAUGUCCCAAAGGUGGCCUGGCAGCAUACAGCAGCUCUGUGAAUUUGGGCCCAGAUGGCCAGGUUUUAGCCUCCCAGUUCAUGGCCUACCACAAGCCCCUGAAGAACUCACAGGAUUACACAAAAGCUCUGCAGGCAGCCCAGUUGCUGGCAGCCAACAUCACUGCUGACCUGCGGAAGGUGCCCGGGACAGAUCCAGACUUUGAGGUCUUCCCCUACACGAUCACCAACGUGUUCUACGAGCAGUACUUGACUGUUCUCCCAGAGGGAGUCUUUGCACUUGCCCUCUGCUUCCUGCCCACCUUCAUUGUCUGCUACCUCCUGUUGGGCCUGGACAUACGAUCGGGCCUCCUCAACCUGCUCUGCAUCAUCAUGAUCCUCUCGGACACCAUUGGCUUCAUGGCCUUGUGGGGCAUCAGCUACAACGCUGUGUCCCUCAUCAACCUCGUUAUGGCAGUGGGCAUGUCUGUGGAGUUUGUAUCCCACAUCACCCGCUCCUUUGCCAUCAGCAUCAAACCCACCCACGUGGAGAGGGCCAAGGAAGCUACCAUUUCCAUGGGCAGUGCAGUAUUUGCUGGGGUGGCCAUGACCAACCUGCCGGGCAUCCUCAUCCUGGGCUUUGCUGAUGCCCAGCUCAUACAGAUCUUCUUCUUCCGCCUCAACUUACUGAUCACCCUGAUGGGCAUGCUGCAUGGCCUGGUCUUCUUGCCAGUCAUCCUUAGCUAUGUAGGGCCUGAUGUCAACCCAGCUCUGGUCCUGGAACAGAAGCAAAUCAAAGAGGCAGCAACAGCCAAUGCAGCUUUCUGCCCGAAGCACUCCUUCUCUACCAACAUGACCAAUGUCUAUGUCAACCGUGGCUUUGAGAAUUCUCCCUCUGGUGCUGGUGCCAUCAGCAGCUCUUUGCCCAGUCAUGUGCAGGAGUUCUGA